ACACUGAUAUACGUGUAUCGGAAAUCCAGUGUGUUUACAAUUUGAUUUUUUCUCUCCACUUUACGGCUCACCGCUGCGUCCGACUAACCCGUGACCCACACGCGCUGCGGCUUCGCGACGGUUUUGUGCUUAUUUGUUUUUUUUUUAGAGUUUCACGAUUGCAAUACGGUAACCGUACGUCUUGCACCAGCCACAGUCAUAUUAUUUAAAUAAUACCACAGCUCACACACGCAAAGCCCGCUAACAGACGUAUCUACACAUAUCGCACGCGCGUCUAACUACCCACAACGAAAAAAGAUGACCGUGGUCAACAUUAAGGACAGGGUGAAAAACAACAAGCUGAACUUGAGCGGUCUCAACCUAACUGAGAUACCCGUCAAGGAAAUCGCUCCGUUGAAAGUCUCUCAUCUGGACUUGUCCAACAACAAAAUCACUUCAACAGACAAUGUUUUUUCAUUGUUGCCCAGUCUGGUAAAGCUCGAUCUAUCUGGUAAUCAGAUUAAGAGUGUAGCUGGUGAUAUUGGUUCAUUGCAAAAACUUGCUUUCCUAUCAUUAGCCAACAACAAAAUCAAAGAUUUACCCAAGGGUUUGAGUAAGCUCAAACAGUUGAAACAUUUGAACUUGAGCAACAAUCCACUGAAACCAGAACUGGUCGAAGCAGUUGGACCAUCACAAAACAAUGCACAAUGCCAGUCAGCAGCUGCCAACGCUAUACAGUAUUUGAAGGGCGAUUCCAAAAAGCAAGAUGACAAACAAAACAAAAAGAAGGAUAAGAAAAGUAGCAAAGCUUCUCCGAAUGGUGUACAAAAUGAUAAGUCAAAAAAUAAAACCAAGCCCAAAAAGAAACCAGCUGGUUUUGUGUCUAAAGUUUUUGGAUUCUUCGGCAUGCUCAUUUCGUACACUCUUUUGUUUGCGGUGUUAAUUGGUUUAUCUGUGUAUGCCUUGUCAUACUAUGACAAGAAAGCAUAUGGUAAUGUCAAGGCUAAGAUUUUGCCUCUUUGGGGAUCAGCUACAUCAAAUCUAGACCCAAAAGUAGCUUCUAAAGUCAACUAUUAUCUGCUACAAGCUGGGAAUACUUUUGAUCAAGCAGUCCAUACCAGUAUUGAGGCAUCUAUUAAAUCAUACAAAUGGGUUAAAGCAAAUCCAACUGUACAGCAAUAUGCUAAAAAUGUGCAAGACACGUGGAAAUCGUUUUGGGAUAGUGUAUUCAAGAAAGUAAAAUCUACGUGAUCCGUGAGAUAGAUUUAAAAAAAACGACACAUUUAUAUACCGAUGUGUUUUUUUUUAUAUUCCAUGUAUCAAUUUUUUGAUAAACUUUCUCGAAAACCCCAUCUUUCGUCUCCUAAACAUCAUCUGCUGUAUACAACUAACAAUUUAUUUGUAUGUAUGUAUUAAUUUUUUUUUCAUAGAAAAUCAUUUUUGUCCAACUGAAUUACAUGUAUAAUUUUUUUCUUAUUUUUUAUAGGUACCUAAAUUUAUUAUGUAUUUUUUUUUAAAUUAUACUUAAAUUUCAUUUUUAAUUAAAACUAUUAUAUAAAAAAAAGUGUUGUAUUAUUUUUUGUUUGUAACUGUUGAAUUUAAGUCCAACGACAGUUGUUAAAUUUUUUAUUUGGUAUUAAAAUUAACAUUGUGCACUUUUAUUAAAAAAAAAAUAAUAUUUUAAUUUACCAAAUUAUUUGUUAAGAAAAUCAUUUGUUUUCUAAUAUUUGUGUAAAAUAUUUAAUUUAUAUGAUUUCCAGUUAAAAUUAUUCAUGAAUGUUGGAGGGCAAUAAUAGUUUUUUUUACAUAGGCAUUUAACAAUUACAUAAAUCACAACAUGUCUAAACCAAGAAAAUCAUUGUAAAUCUAAUAUAAAAUAUUUCCUACUAAAUGAAUAUAACAUUGAUACAUGGUAUGUAGGUUUACUAUACAAUGUGAUAAGACGUGUUCAUAAUGGUUGAAUUCUUCUAUUAUUGUUUACUAUAUUGUUUCUAACCAAUGAUUCUUUUCAAGCAAAAGGUACUUAAUAUGUGUAGUAUACAAAUUAUUUGAUAUUUAUUACUGUAUUAAUAAUUGUAACUACAUUAUAGUUAAUCGUUGAGCAUUAGUGUACAUUUUUUGUUGUCUUAAAAUAUUCAUACACAACAGUGCUUAAAUGAUUUAUGUUUUCACAACUAUUUUUUGUAUUUGUUGUGCUUUGUCAGAUAUAGUGAACAAUUUUGUUUUGUCAGUUAGUAUUGUCUAUUAUACAUUACUAAUUUAAUCAUGUUUAAGUCUCUAUGAUAUCAAUAAGAUACUCACAAAGGAAACAUGGAUAUUAUAAAAUUGAUUGUGUUAUUUACAUAAAACAUUUAUUUAUUGCAAUA